AUGCAGCAAGCCCUACAGCAACUAGGCUACCCAAACGUCUACCAUACCCGUACAGUUCUCAUGGACCGUCCCGACGACGGAUACAAUAACAGACGUGCCUAUGCGAUAUUCUGGCAGGAACUCCUCGCCGUCUACCCAGGCGCCAAGGUCAUCCUCACGGUCUAUGACAACGUAGAUGCGUGGUAUACAUCCUACGCCAGUACCAUCGGCUACUUGACGUCUCUGGCAUACACUCGACCGCCGUCCGCUACUCGACGCUGGCUCAGAAGAUGGGUCUUUGGCGAGCGGUGGAGCGGUUUUGACGAGAUGAUCGCCGCUCAGGUGAAGUAUACCCCUCGCGGCAACGUUUAUAACAAGCAGGCUACCAAGCGAUGGUACGAAGAGCACAACAAGACUGUAUAUGAUACAGUCCUGGAGGAAAAGCUAUUGAUAUUUAACGCAAAGCAAAGGUAG